AUGGCCUCCCUCAUCGGGCAGACGUUUCUCUCGUUCGAAGAGGCCUACGACGCCAUCCAGAGGGUCGAGUACUCGCAGGGCUUCAUCACCAUCAAGGAGCGGGUCAACCGCCGCAAUGGCGUCGUGGUGCGCGGCGAAGUGCGGUGUCGGCACAGCGGCAUCUAUCGCCAGUAUCACCUGAGCCGCAACAAAUACAUCACCUCGACCCGAAAGACCGACUGUCCGUUCUUCUUCAUCGUCGCGCGCCGCACGCGCAUGGCCGACUACAUCAUCUCUGCGCGGUCGUGCCAGCACAACCACGAGCCCGCCGAGAUGGAGGAGCUGCAGAACAAGGUGCCGCGGCCCUUUGGCAUCCAGGAUCUGUUCUCGCUGGUUGAGACGCGGCUGCAGGCCGAGGGAGCCACGACGAGUAGCAUUGCUCGUGAAAUAUGCGGCGAACGCCCCACCGUCAGCAUCACUGAGGCCGACAUCUUCUUUAUCCAACGUAAACUGCGUGAAGGCCAAUUCUAUGCCAACACCGAGGCCUUUAUCAAUAACCACAAGCCCAAGAAGAAUUGA